AUGCCAGCCUCAUCAAACUAUCAGCUCACGUUGUCAGACGAGUCUAAGGAAAGAAUUGUCAAAUUGUUGGAAUACUCCAAGACAAUUGCUCACUACGGUUUCAUUCCAUUUGUGUUAUACUUGGGUUGGUCAGCUACUCCAAGCAAGCCUUCCAUCUUGAGCUUGUUGUCACCAUUUCCAUCUGCCUAA